GAAAAAAAGACUGGCCUCAUCUGCACCACCAUACUCCUGUAAAAAAAAAAAAAGAUACCACACAGAUAUGACAUUUUAUAUGAUGAAAUAUAUGAUUUAACCAUUAUUAUACAGGACAAUAGUGGAUGACACAAUGCAUGUUCAGUACAGACAUAAUUUUUUGAAUUUAAUAAUAGUCCAUCCUUUCUAUUUCAGAUCAGCUUAUCCACUGGGACUGCCAGAGGAGUUUGUAUUUGUGGCCGUGCUGCGCAUGAGUGGCAGUGCCAUCACUACAAAGUGGAACAUCUGGCAGAUGCAGGGUGUGAAUGGCAACGAGCUGCUGGCUGUCAGACUCAAUGGAGAGUCUCAGUCUGUGGAGUUUACCUUCACAGCAGCUCUGGACGCAGGCAGGCACACUGUUGUUGCUUUCAGCCCGCUGGCUUCUCUCUUCAACGAUCAGUGGCACAAAGUGGAGCUGCACGUCAGCAGGCGCUCUGUUGUCCUAUUGGUGGACUGCGUCAUGGUCGGGUCCCAGAAUAUACCUCUCAGACAAACAGUCAGUCUGGACGGAUUCACGUUGAUAGGAAAGCUCCAGGACAACCCAGCGGUGGCAAUACCGUUUGAACUCCAGUCAAUGCUGAUUCACUGCGACGUGACGAGAGCCCGGACAGAGGCUUGUUAUGAACUCCCAGCCAGCACAUUGACUGAUGUGACAGAAGUGCAGAGGACCCAAGGACCUUCUGGCCCUCCUGGACCUGGAGGUGUCCCAGGAAUUGAUGGCAUUGCUGGGGAAAGGGGAGCAGAUGGCGAGGAGGGACUUCCUGGACCUGAUGGAGAUGCAGGUAAACCCGGCUCUUCAGGAUUACCUGGAAUUCCUGGAAAUGAUGGUUUGACGGGUCCUGUCGGAGAUCCUGGGCCCGACGGUCCCUUUGGACAGAAAGGUGAACCUGGACAAUCUGGACCUCGUGGAGCAGAUGGUGUUGGGCCAGAUGGACCCCCUGGACCACCCGGGCCUGGAGGACUUGCAGGUGAAGUGGGAAAAGUUGGACCAAUUGGGUCCAUCGGUGUGAGAGGGCCACGGGGACCUGGUGGACCAACAGGGCCCAGAGGUGCAGCUGGAAUGCAAGGCAGUGCCGACCUGUGUCCAAACUCUUGUCCACCUGGGAUGUCUGGACAUCCUGGCCUUCCUGGCAUGAAGGGCCACAAAGGUGGAAAAGGUGAAUCAGGAGAACCUGGGAAACAAGGGCACAAGGGUGAGGAGGGAGACCAGGGAGGUUCAGGGGAGGUCGGAUCCCAAGGACCAACGGGUCCUCAGGGGAUUCGUGGAGCCAUGGGAAUGAUUGGCCCCAAGGGAGAGAUGGGUUUUCGAGGUCUUGAUGGAGAUCCAGGUCCCCAGGGGGUUGCAGGAGCAACUGGGGAUCGAGGCCAGAGAGGCCCGAUGGGCGAGCUUGGGCCUGGAGGUGAAACGGGUAUUCAAGGGCGGAGAGGAAUCACAGGUCUUCCAGGUCCCAAGGGAGACGCUGGCUUGCCAGGUGUGGACGGUCGCGAGGGUAUUCCUGGGAUGCCCGGAGCAAAGGGAGGCACUGGGACGUCAGGCGUUCCUGGAGAGGUCGGACUUCAGGGGCUUCCUGGUUUGCCUGGUGCACCCGGACCAAAAGGCUUGAGUGGAAUUAAGGGUGACGGCGGUCAAGGAGGCCUCCCCGGAACAAUGGGACCUGCUGGUAAAGCAGGUGAGCGUGGAGACCAGGGAGAGCUGGGACCUGUUGGACCGAUUGGUGAACCGGGAGCUAUAGGAGUGUAUGGCCCUGUAGGUUCAGCUGGCAAGCCAGGUGCCAGGGGACCCAAAGGUAACCUGGGCCUUUCUGGUCUCCCUGGUCCUCCUGGCCUGCCUGGGGUGAAGGGUGAGAGGGCAGAACGUGGAGAACCAGGACCCAAAGGAGAGCAGGGAGUACAAGGUGACGAGGGAACCCCGGGAGACAAAGGGGAUCUUGGUGAGGCAGGAGAAGCUGGAUCUAAAGGAGAGGUGGGUAACCCCGGCGACGCUGGCAAAAGAGGACCCGAGGGGAGUCGAGGCCAGCCCGGAAUCGAGGGGCCGCCUGGAACACCUGGACCGCGGGGCAUGCAGGGGAACAGGGGUCCACCUGGAGUCAGAGGGUCCCAGGGGCCUGCGGGUAAAGAGCCGAGCGAUCAGCACAUCAGACAAGUUUGCAUGCGAGUCAUGCAAGAACAGUUGGCCCAGUUAGCUGCUAGUUUAAGGAGGCCAGAGUCUGGCGCAGCUGGUUUACCUGGAAAACCUGGACCUCCAGGGCAACCUGGGUCUCCAGGAGACAACGGCUUCCCAGGGCAGGGUGGAACAAGAGGCCUUCCAGGACUCAAAGGGCCAGCGGGACCUAUUGGAGUGAAAGGACCCAAAGGUGAAAUGGGAGACAGAGGCUCCAGAGGGCCCACUGCAAGAGGACCUAAAGGUCAGCCAGGAGCUCCUGGACUUCCUGGUGAGCCAGGCAAACCUGGCUACGGUCAGGACGGUCGGGACGGGCAGAGAGGAACUCCUGGCGUUCCUGGACAGCACGGUGUACCCGGGCCUCCCGGUUCAGCUGGUCCCAACGGUUACUGCGACCCGUCAGCCUGCAACCUCCAGCCCGGGGCCGCCCACCAGUCUCUGGAUGUGAAGGGACCUGCAGGGAACUAAGAGCCACUCUGGCAGAGACAGAAAGACUGUUGGAUUAGCUCCUCUGAGCACACCACAUUUUUCACACGUUCUUCCCAGGGCCUGCGGUUGGUGUGCGGCCUUCCAUCCAUUAACCUCUAGUCUUGUGAGCAUGUUUUGUGCCAGCCACAUCUCCACCAGAAGGAGCCAGCCUCUUUAUACAAAAA